CAGACCAGCGCCAGAACGCGCGCUUCCUCUCGUCCACCACAACCUCUCCGCCGCCUUAGAGCUCCCUCUACGAUGUUCUCAGACGAGCUCAAGACCCUGCGGAAGCUUGGCUUCCGACAUGUUCUUCUCCAAAUCCUGAACUUCGCAUCUGUCAUAACCUCCGGUCUCAUGAUAUGGAAGGGAAUGGGCCUCAUGUUUAACACCGAGUCCCCCAUAGUCGUGGUUCUCAGUGGCUCUAUGGAACCCGCGUUCUACCGCGGCGACCUCCUCUUCCUGACGAACUUUGGAAACCAGCGGUACAGCACUGGUGAUAUCACUGUGUACAAGAUCCCCGGAGCCGACAUCCCCAUCGUCCACCGCGUGCUGGAGACCCACGAUACUAUCGUAAAAAAUUCUUCUAGCGAGGUGACACUGGCGCCGGUGGCGGACCAGCUGCUGCUGACGAAGGGGGACAACAAUUAUGUCGACGAUAUCGAGCUUUAUCAGGGGCUCGACUGGUUGGAGCGGAAGCACAUCGUUGGCAAAGUUAGAGGGUUCUUGCCGUACGUUGGUUACGUGACGAUUGCGAUGAACGACUUCCCCCAGCUCAAGUAUGCCUUGUUGGGCGUCCUUGGCCUUUUGGCACUUAUUCAACGAGAGUAAUCCACUAGACUAAUCGAGCAUGGCUAUGUGACAAUCUUAUCCUUUUUAAUCCUUACAUUUGGGCGUAAAUUAAACAUAGGGCGACUCUUGACGUGAGGGUGACGGAACGCUCUGCAUUCCCAGCGCCCCUGCUUUGUC